AUGCUCUCAUCCGUCAGACUAGCUAGCAGACAGGCUGUCUCCCGUAAUAUCGCUGCGAGGAGCGCGAUAGCGGCCAGACAAGCUUCCACAUGGGCUAACGUGCCCCAAGGACCUCCAGUCUGCCUGCCAAUUGUUCCAAUUGCUAACCGGUCCGUUUCCUGCAAGGCUAUCUUAGGUAUCACUGAGGCUUUCAAGGCCGAUAGCUUCAAGGAGAAGAUCAACCUAGGUGUCGGCGCAUACCGGGACGACCAAGGCAAGCCAUACGUCCUUCCCUCCGUCCGAACCGCCGAGGACAAAGUCGUUUCGCAACAAUUGAACAAAGAAUAUGCUGGUAUCACUGGUGUUCCUGAGUUCACCAAGGCUGCGGCCGUCCUCGCAUAUGGUAAAGGCUCCAGCGCACUGGACCGCCUUGUCAUCACACAAUCCAUCUCGGGCACAGGCGCCUUGAGAAUCGGAGGCGCAUUCAUCCAAAGGUUCUACCCCGGCGCAAAGAAAAUCUAUAUCCCCAAUCCAUCAUGGGCAAACCACGCGGCUGUGUUCAAGGACUCAGGACUCGAAGUCGAAAAAUACCGGUACUACAACAAAGACACCAUUGGCCUUGACUUUGAGGGCAUGGUUGCGGAUAUCAAGGGAGCACCAAAGGGCAGCGUUUUCUUGCUCCAUGCAUGCGCCCACAACCCCACCGGUGUUGACCCAACUGUUGAGCAAUGGAAAGAGAUCAGCCAGGCCGUCAAGGCUGGAGGUCACUAUGCGUUCUUCGACAUGGCAUACCAAGGAUUUGCUUCAGGGAACACAGACCAAGAUGCUUUCCCAGUCCGACACUUCGUCGAGCAAGGCCACAACCCAUGCCUCGCUCAAUCAUUCGCCAAGAACAUGGGUCUCUACGGCGAGCGUGUAGGCGCCUUCUCCAUCGUCUGCGAAAACGCAGAUGAGAAGAAGCGAGUCGACUCUCAGAUCAAGAUCCUCGUCCGACCCCUCUACUCCAACCCCCCAGUCCACGGUGCCCGUAUCGCCUCCGAGAUUCUCCACAGUCCAGCUUUGAACGAGCAAUGGCUGGGAGAAGUUAAGGGUAUGGCUGACCGUAUCAUCACCAUGCGAGCACUCUUGAAGAAAGAGUUGGAGAGCUUGGGAUCAAAGCAUGAUUGGAGCCAUAUCACAAGCCAGAUUGGCAUGUUCGCCUACACUGGGUUGACACCUGAGCAAAUGGAGAAGUUGGCCAAGGAGCACUCCGUAUAUGCCACCAAGGAUGGCAGAAUAUCUGUCGCUGGUAUCACAACCGGCAACGUCAAGAGACUCGCAGCCGCCAUUCACGCUGUCAAGCCUUAA